AUGUUGAAACCAGUGUCCUUUCCUCCAUUGCACCAGGAACUGCCAUGCAUGAGAAAAGGCAGUCUUCAGUUUGAGGUCUCCCCGGCGGCAGCGCCGAGCGGGGACCCGGCGGGGCAGAGAGGGACGGGCGGCGGGGGCACCAGCGCGGAGCUGGCGGACGGAGGGAGCGGGACGCCCGGGGAGCAGAGCAGAAACAGCACGCUGAUCGCGUUACAGGAGACUGUCAAGAGGAAGUUGGAGAAUGCUGGUUCACCCCUAGGCCGUGACCAGGUCAACGGUUUCACCGAUGGCUACCCGCCCAAUAAAAAAGCCUGUGUUGGGGAUGCAUUGGGGGGUCUUAAUGGGGUCUCAAAUGGUACAGUGCCUCCUCUCUCACCUAUGGACUCCAAACGUAAUGUGAGUACCGAUGCCAUGAUGGCCAAUGGGAACCACAGAGCGGUUGGUGCAGAGCACAAUGGGAUGGGUCUAACUGAUAGCGGUGCAUCACAUGGCACAGAGUCUGAUUUUCGCCUGAAAGAAAUGAAGCAGGAGCCGGUGGACGAUAUCUUGCCCUGCAUACUGCCUGGGGGAGGUGGGAAUGGAAACCACAACCUCUUCCCUGACCUCAACCUCAACGAUCAGGACUGGAGUGAGAUUAUGGAGGAGUUCAACCGCUCCGUACCCUACGAGGAAAUCCAGGAGCUCUUCAGUGACAGUUUUGGAGAUCGCAAGGACCCGGAGCUCUCGUCCGCCGGUGCAGCUCAGAGCUUGAUGCCGCCAGAUCUGGUCAGCGUGAAGACUGAAUUUUCCCCCACUAUGGCUCCCUCCGCCUUCGAUCAGGACUCUUGCAACGGUUCACCUCAGUUGAGACCCACCUCGUCUGGGCCUCCGCUUCACACCAACUCCCCCGCAACGGCUCCGGCCACAUCGCCGGCCCUGCCUGUGCAGCAGCAUCCACAACAGCCGCCCAUUCAGCCCAGCAGAACACAUCCAAAUCACCUGCUGCCCGUUCCACCCAAAGACCUGUCCCCCGCGCAGCAACUGCAGCAGUUAGCAGUUCGUGAGCAGCAGAGGGCGAUAUUACAAAGCCAGCUGCAGCACGUGGUUCAGAAGCCGCCACAGCAAAAACCGCAGCAACAGCAAGCAGCGAAAUUCCACCAGCAGCCCAAUCACUCAACGUCUUGGCCCCAAAAUGCUCCCACCCAAAGUCAAAUGGGCGGAACCUUUGGCCUUGAGAAGUCCACCAGCCCUUCUUUGUACCCGCAAGACUUCCCCAACCCCAAGACCCUGCUCAUGCCUAACAAGGGUUCUCCCAAAGCAGGCGCUCCAGAUGGGUACAUGCAGCCCGGUGGGCACGCCAACAUGUUAAGUCACCCAGCCGCACCCACGGGGCCCCUCAGCCACCCACCCAACCCAGGUGCCCAGGUGGCCAUGUUGAACUACAGUAACACUAAACCCCUGUCCCAUUAUGAGGCUGGAGCGCCGGGUGCACCCAGGGGCCCUCCGGCCACACAGAACCAGAACAAACAGAGCCAGGCCAUCCUGAACCUGAUGCGACAACAGCAGAUGCAGAAGCAAAGGCCGGCCAGCAUGAACUUCAGACCAGUACACCACCAGCAUGCUCUGGAUUCGGGGUCCUACCCCUCCACAGCUCAUGUUCCUGGCCAGGGCAACAGCAUGACACCACAGCAGAGCAGCAACAGCAUCCCGGCUAACCAUGGUAGCGCGGCCUACAUGAAGCAGCAGCAGCAGCAGAUGCAGUUGAUGAGUCAGCAGAAGCAGUUCCUCCAGAGGCAGAUGAUGGCCGAGCAGGAGAAGCAGCGGCAGCAGCAGGAACAGCAGCUGCAGAGGCAUCUGACCCGUCCACCGCCUCAGUACCAGGACCAACAGAACCCGCAGGCUCAGCAGAACCCAUUCCAGCAGCAGGUCUCUCAGUUUGCUGGUGUGCCGCCCUGCCUGGCCCAGCAGCACUCCUCCGGCUUCAGCGAACACACCAUCUCCGGUGCAUCUCAACCAAUAGGGAAUGUCAACUCUCUUAGUGGCCCCACCCCUGGAACACAACGGAUGUUCUCUCAGACACAAGGCAUGAUGGGAAUGGGGGUGGGACAGAAUACUGGCCCAAGCACUGGUCCCCCUCCAGCCGCCAGUCAAGCAGACAUGAACCUCCCAUCCUGUGCAGGCGGUCUCGACGUGCAACAAGUCCUCUACGGCAACAUGCCCAUGCAUCCUUCCCACCCCAACCAGCAGAGACCGCCAGUGUCCUCCAUGUCUGCCGCUUACCGCCAGAAUGUUCUGGCAGCCCAGCAACAAGCACACUUGAAAAACCAACCCAAUGCUGCUAUGUUGAAACAACAACAGCAGCAGCUGGCCCGUAUGCCCAACAGCAUGCCCAACGCCAUGACUAAUAACAUGGGCUCUGCUAUGCCCACCUCCAUGCCAACCAGUAUCCAGGGUGCCUUGCCCGCACAGGCCCAGUCAUGGCAGCAGCAGCAGCAUCCAGGUCUCCAACCCGGCUCUGCUAACGGAGGCAUGCCAGCAGGUUUCCCCAACUCUGGCUUCCACAUGCAGCCAAGAUUGUCCAAACUUUCCAACAACACCCCGUUUCCCCAGGGUGGCAUGGGGAACAGUGCAGCUGGUAGGACCCUGACAGUAAUGAAUCCUGGACAGAUGUUGCCUAACAUGAACCAGCAACGGACCAAUAACCCAGGCAUGUCCCAACAGCUGCCCCCUCCUGGCCAGCAGAUGGUCCAGCAGGGGCAGGUGCAAGCGCCGCCUCAAACUCAGCAGGUUCUGCCUGACUUGGGGCCCUUCAGUCAGCCACAGGCCGGACCUAACUGCACCGCAGGACUUCAGUGCAGUCAUGCCUAUCAGAUCAACAGGACAGCCAAUCAGCAGCUCCAGUUUAGCUAUAACACCCAAUCGGGAGGCAGCUUGUCCGGGUUUCCUGCCGAGACGGACCUAGUGGACUCUCUGUUGAAAAACCCAUCGACACAAGAGUGGAUGGAUGAUCUAGACGAGCUGUUGGCCAGUCACCAGUGAGUGAUGGCCAUGGGCCAAUAACAGCCAAUGCUGGUGCCUUUGGUAGAGGAGAAAACAUAAACGUCCACUUUCGGAUGUUUUCGGAGAUGGUGAAACUGCUCAUAUCACUCAGAUCUGCUGUGUUCUCUGUUGAGUAUGUAUAUGGUGUAUAUAAAAGAGGUCAAGUAGAGCACAGAGCCUGUGUCACUGAAGUAUUCUCUGGACUGGAAAUUUCAAAGAGGGAAAUGCUCUACUACUGACCCUGUGGCUCGGUAAAACCACUGAAUUUUCUUAUGAGUGUGAGCUCAAACACUAGUUGAGCCAUUCACACGGUUGUGUUGCCUAUGUGUUUGCUGUAGGCAUGAGGAGGGUCUGUUCAAUGUCAGGAGUGUCUUGAGUCUCUUGACACACUUCCACAGGCCUUAAAUUUGCACUCUUGAAGAUGCACAAUAUGUGAUUUACAGUAAAACGGUCUAAAGCAGUAGUUAACCUCAAAAUUAGCAUAUUUGAAUCAUUUACUAACCAUGUCGGUCCAAACCCAUGUGACUUUGCUUCAUGAGGGAUGUCCAGUCCAGCUCCUGGAGGGUCACCUUCCAGCACAGUUUAGCCCCAACCCAAAUUCAACACCUGAUCCAGCUAAUCAAUUCUACAGGAUCACUAGGAAAUAGAGAUGGUCUUUUUAUGGGGAGAUGCCAUUUGACACUCGCAUCAUAUCCUUGACAUCACUGAAUUGCUGUCAGAGAUGUACGAAGGUCAAUAACAGAUUGUGGAUACCAUAGAAAUUGAGAAGUGCCGUAAACGGAGUUUUCCCCGAUGCAAAACAUUUUCACUGUAAACUCCAAAAAUGAUUACAAAUUCCAAAAUGGCUGUUUAAUGGCAAACAUGUUGAUUCAUAUAGUAAUAAGCUGCUCAUCACAAAAGCAGUUCAUUCAGAGUACUGAAGCCUCUUCUCCACAGACAUCCAUUCAAAAUCAAAUGUGGACUGUGGCCCUCCAGAGCGAGAUCAGACCUCUGCUUUUAGAGGUUUAUCAGAAAACUGACCCUGUGUGUAUUAUCAUUCUUCAGAUUGUCUCAUUUGUAUGUUCCACUAAAGAUAGUCAUGCGAGUUUGGAACGACAUGAGGGAAUAAAGGAUCACAACUUUAGUUGAACUGUUACUUUAAGUUCCGUAUGUUCAUUGGUUAGUUUCUCAUUGACUAAAUUUAGGAAGUAGAUGCUUCGUGGUUUGUUUAAUCAGGCCAUGACCGCUUGAAGGCGUGUAGCUGAGACUAAUAGUGAGGAGGAUGAACUGAUGUUCUGACAACUCUACAGUGCUCCAGUGAAAGUAGAUUGCGUCAUUACACUUUCAUGUUACACUACACUAAGUUGUGUGUUGUUGUUUUUUUCUUCUGAAAAGCUCAGAGCUUCUGUGUUGGUGAGAGGGUUAAUAAUCCUGUUUGUUUUCUCCCUCUGGUGUCUGAUGUUACAUUGAGGGCAGGUCAGGUGCCGGUCUGAACUGUGCUACCUGAACUCUCUCUCCAUCUGAGAUUCUGUGACAGGGUUUCAUGUAUAUUUAUAUAUUUUUUGUAUGUAUGCCGUUUCUAUUGUUCAGGAGAAGAUAGAUCUUAUUUUUAUAUGUACAUUGAUGCAAAAUUGUGUAAGUAUUUUAUACUUUUUAUUAUUGUUCUCUGUAAAACGAGAGUGUUGUGUAAAUAUAGUUCUCUAGAAACGGUCUUGUUUGGUGUGUUUAUUUAGCGUUUUGGGUGAUUUGUGCAUUAGCAACUUAGUUUUGAUGUAAUGAGGUUCAGGAAAGCUUCAGAUAAUACUCUAAUGCAGGUGAACCUGACACGUUCUGAUAAAUGUAAACCCCCUUUAAAAAGCAUCUUAACACACACAAUCCAUGGACAAAAUGAUUGACAAGUCAUGGAAUACAAGCAUGACUGGCUUAAAAUGAAGGAGGCAAAGGCAACUUUUGUUCAGAAAUUGUCAAAUGAGUUGUUACACCAGAUUUUUCAUAAACCUUUGUGGUAAAAACAAUUAGCAUUCAUUUCUUUCAUGGGGCGGUAUUUCUCAUUUA